UUCAAGAACUUCUGAACGUCUGGAAGUGUUUCAGUCUUGUCUGGAGCGAACGUUCUCAGACACUCAAAUAUCUUUCUAGGUUAUUUAAAUUCACUGGACACUGUUUACUCGUUAGGAAGAACUAUGGACCGCAUGGGGAUUUUGUCUCUUAUCUUCCUCGUCUUGUUGCAGAGUCCUGCCUCCCUCUCUCUGACAGUGAGCACCAGUAAGGCCAAAGUGGUGGUCCAUGAGAACACAGACGCUGUGCUGUCCUGUCAGUUCAAGACAGAGAAGGAGACUAACCCUCGUAUCGAGUGGAAGAAGAAAGGGAAGGACAUCACCUUUGUUUAUUUUGAUGGCAAAUUCAGCGGAUCCUUUGCAGGUCGGGCCAACAUCGAGGGUGCGACAGUGACGCUGCACGCCGUUACCCAGAAGGACUCAGGGCUGUACCGCUGUGAGGUCAGUGCUCCAGCAGACCACACCAACCUGGGAGAGAUUAACGUCACCCUCAGCGUACUGGUGCCCCCCCACACCCCGUCCUGUGAGGUGCCCAGCUCAGUUUUGUCUGGGGCAGGGGUAGAGCUCCACUGUAAGGAUAAACUCAGUGUACCCCCUCCUACCUACAUCUGGUACAAAGACAACAAGGCGCUGAGCACCACACACACAACUGACACCUCCUUUAGCAUGGACACUGACAAGGGAACAUUGAAGUUCAAGAGUGUGUCCAAGGCUGACUCAGGCCAGUAUCGUUGCGAGGCAUCCAACAGUGUGGGGGCGCCAAAGAGCUGUGUGGCCCAUCACAUGAAGGUCAUAGAAUAUCAGUUGAGUAUGACGACACUGAUAGCCGGAGCUGUAGGUCUCUUCCUGCUCGUUGUCAUGUGCUGCCUGGGUGUGUGCCUCUGUCAUCGACGGGGCUGCUGCAAAAAGCAGGAGCAGAAAGGAAGAAGCACCAACUCCUACAAUCCACCUCCUCCUCCCACCAGAAACCCCAAGAACUACAAGCACACCCAGUCCUUCAUGAUUUAAGGGUUUCCUUUGUGAAACUCAAAUCAAAGCUUGAAGCAGUGAAAUCACACAAAGUCACACACACACACACACACACACACACACACACACACACACACACACACACACACACACACACACACACACACACACACACACACACACACACACACACACACGGUGGAUUGUUCAACAUACAUAUUUUAGCUUGUUUACACCGCCUAGUGGCCAAAGGAUGAUGCACAAUGAUAUAUUUGUCACACAAAAACUGUCACUUGCUGUGUGUACUCUUCUCUUUUUGUGCUUUGUAGAACAUUCUGCUUUUUAUGGCUGUAUUGAGAAGCAACAAUGUGUAUUAUUAUUGUUGUUUUACAGAGAUACUUUUAUAAUUAUGUUUUUAAACUAUUUGUUUGCGGCUUUGGAUGUAGCCUACAAGGUCUUUGUGUGAUGAAGGAUAUGUGAUGUUUGUGUGAUGAAGGAUAUGUGAUGUUUGUGUGAUGAAGGAUAUGUGCUGUUUGAACAGGUGUCUGCAUGCACUGACCAUUUUUAGAUAGCUAGUUUUUAAUUAAACUUAUUUUACCACA